AUGGCUAAUGUCAAAGUGCAAGCCUAUUCAUGUGGCUCAGAUGGUGACACUGUUAAAGUCGACAAUGAAGCACGCCCUCUACAGAGACUGGUGGAACAUCUGGACCAUGCAUUUCUCCAUGGGUUGAAGCACAUCACACCAGGUUACUGGGUCUUUGUCCGACGUUUCACUCAUAAACUUGUCAUAUCAGACAUUCUGGGACUGGAUCGCUUGGCUACAGAUCUUGGCAGAAGUCGUGCUUGGCUUUAUCAGUCUCUGAAUGAGGGAGCCCUAGAGAGUUAUUUCCGAUGUUUUCAAGGCAGUCAGGAUGUUUUAAAGAAGUUUUACAUCGAGCAUGCGUUGAUGCGGGACUCAGAGAGACUGACCCUUCUCAUGACCCUUGUCUCCGGGUUAGAUUUUGUGACCUUUGACCUUGAAUUGAAUGUUGCAUACUUUGACCUGGUCAGCCAUGUUCCCAGGUCGGCCACUGACCUCCGUGACCUGGACGACACCGUGUCCAUCCACAGCAGCGCCUCGGUGGAGUCAGCGACAUCCAGCAUGGUCAACGACCUCGAUGCUCACUCGCUGCUUGGUAUUGAAGGCGGAUCGUCUCAUGAUGGCUUGCCAGAGGAAGUUAUACCAUCUAGAUUGAAGGAUGAUGAUACCUGUGUGAAAGUUUGUGUUGAUGAUGUAGAAGAUGAUGAAAUCCAGGAAUCCGAUACGAGCCCGAGGGAGGAGAUUGAACAGAAAGAAAUCUCUGGAUCUCUUGGUAACCCUACUGAAGAUUCCUCAUCUACUUGCUUGCCUUCUGGAACUGAAUCCCACGAGACAGACGACACAAAUGACAUUGCACGACCUUUGACCCUUGACCUUGCCACACAAUCUAACAACAACAGCUCUAAUGAACUCAAGCAUGUCACAAGGAACUACUCCACUCCGGACUUCGAUAUCAACAUGGAGAAAGUAGCGGAACAGGACCAGAACCUUGAGGUCAUUCGCAUCCGCAAGAAAACCAAGAAGAAGAAGAAGCGGAAGAGCAGUAAGGGCAACGGCCAAGCUGUACUGAAGUUGCAGGAGCCGAGGCGAGGCAAGAGGCGUGACAGGAGUUCGAGUCCGAGUACCGUGUCAAUCGCCUCUAGCUGCAUUGAGGAAUCAGAACUCGAGGAUAAAGAGCAUUGUCCAGAGGGUUUGGAAGGUCCAGAUGGGUCCAUCUCUUCAGCUACCAACCUAUCGGAGUGUUCGGCAGUAGAAGAGGAUGGAGACUGUGGAAAAGUUCUUGCCAGUAGUUUGCCAGAAAGCGAGAUCACAUCUCAGGAACAUUGCAAUGGCACUAAACUACACGAUUUUGCUUUGGAGAAAAACAGUAGUCAAAGAGGAGAGUGUUUAGGGAGUCAAGAAUUGGACAAAAAGGAGAGCAUAUUGGAAGAAUGCUCUGAAAUACUUGAUUGUGUGUGCGAGCAAACCAGGGAACCAGUGCCAAAAGGUGAACCAAAUGUGUUUCCACAAGAAACUUUUGACAUUAAUAGAGAUCAUAUCUCAGAUGAGCAAGUUCCGGUGGAUACUGCCAAGCUCAGGCUGCCCAAGUUCGCUGAUCCAACGUUGCAGGACAGCUUCAAUUCUUCAGUGGAUGGAGUUGAUCAAUCUAUGAUAUACUGGCAAGGAGAUAUAACAGACAAUAGCUUUGAUACUGAUGUGACGUCGUCAACUCCUGUGAAGGUUGCUUGUAGGGUUGGCAUUCGACAUGAACUUGAUGAUAUCGCAAAUGAUGAUGAUGAUGUGUUUUUGGAAGAGAAUGGAGCAUUUGAAAGUGGGAUAAGCAUUCUCAAGGAAUCGGUUGAUUCCGGAAUCAGGGAACAUAGACAAUCAAAGCUGAAGGCGACAGUUACUAACCAAGCAAAAAGACAAAAUUCAGACAAACAAAAGUCGCGGGAAAGGACUGUGUCAGGCACUUUAGACUAUGAACACACAAUUUCAGUUCAACUGAGAACACAACAAACGAUGAUCUCGGGUCAAUUACAAGGUGAAAGUCCUUCACCGGUAUCCGACCUGCCGGUCAGUCCAGAUUCUGGCAUCAACCAAAGCUUUGGGGACUCUAACUUGAGCGAAGGCAUCAAUGCUUGCAGUGCAGACAGCCUUUCCUCAGGGAUUGCAAGCAACCCCGACACGGACGGCCCCACCAGUGCCACCGCCAAUGACUCCAAUCCUGGCUCUUCGGAAGCUUCUUCCCUUUCCAGGAAAGGUGAUUCUUUGUACAGUUCUUCGGGGUUGUCCAUCGUCCAGAGCAUUGCAGAGGAUGUUGAUGGUUUUGUCCUGGUCGAUGUGUUGGAUGACCCUGGUGACCUAGGUGAACGUAGUCAAGGGGAUGGCAAGGAUGCCAGCAUGGAUCCUCUCUGUGCAGUCGACAUCAAUGCAAAUGAUGGAGGUCCACCAGGUCCUGUUGACGUGGGCACUUACAACUUUGAUUGCGAUGAAGACAGGGAGGAAGUUACAACUCAUGAAGCUGAAAUGAAGGUUGACAACAAUCUCAAACUCUACCUGAUGUUGGAGAUAUUCAAAAUUGAAGAUGAGAAUUAUCAAAAGUUGAUACGACUGAGUACUGGCCACAUGGAAGGGAAUCUUCUUCAAGCUUUCAUUCUCUUGACAGAUCUUGCCAUAUAUAUACUAAGAAGAGGUGAACGCAAUGGAAGAUUCUCAACUGAAAGCAGAACACUUUAUCAUGACCUGGACUAUGUCUUGAUUGGUUUGAACUUCCAGUCUGUUCAACUUGUCUGUAAGAACAGAAGAAAACAUUUCUGGUUAACAACAGGUAGCCGUUCAUUAACAAGAUUCUUCUUGCAUAGUUUAAGAGGAGUCAUGGAAACUGGUAAACAGGAAGAUUCUCUCUGCGUUCUCACUGAUGCCACUGCCCAGGCUAUUGGUCUCAAGAAAUAUGUCGCCGGAGAAGAAAAAGUGGAAAUGUCAGAUGUUCAAGUCUACCUCUACAGCCUGGUCCACUGGGAGGACCUGCUGGACUCCAACACGGCGGCAGAUCUUCAGCUCUACCUGCCGCCGACCAAGAGGAAAGGCAUGCUCCAUUACAAGACCAAGGAAUCCUUCUUUGUCGGAAGCUACUGGAAGGCAGCAUUCUUCAAGCUGAAGCAGAACGUUCUGAAGCGGUACCAGAGGAAGGAUGCUGAGGAACCGGACCUUGUCAUAGAUCUUGGGUCUCAUAAGUUUGGAGGAUGUCGUCGUAUCCACCACACCGACCGUCGUUUCAGCUUUGAACUCGUCUUCACCAAUGGAAGCCCGUCCCUUCAGCUAUCGUGUGAGAAUGAGCUUCAGCUAUCGCACUGGCUUCAAAGUUUAUGUGAAGUAGCCUCACAUCAGCAUUCUAUGUCCCAGAUGAAAGGACCCCGUCCGAAUCCUUGCCAACCCUCGUGUGCUGUCAUCACUUCCCGCUCAGUCCUCCUGUGCCUCGAAGACUAUCAGACACACUUCUUCAGAACCCUUGCCAGGACAGACCUCACGACCAUCUCCCGGGUGGAGAGAAGCCAGUCUAAGCUCUCGUAUCUUGUAAUGAAUUUCAAGAAUAUGGAGUGUGAUAAUCCAUGGUUGUUGUAUUUCAACUGUUCCAAGGAGCUGGAUAAUUUUGUUUCUCAUCUAGCUCAAGCAUUCCAUAACAAGACACAGAAGGAACUGAGGAUCGGGAAUGUCCAGGACGAGAAAUUAGCCAAGAGAUGCAGCAACUGCCAAGAACUUAUCCUGUCGGCAUGGCAACGAUCAGAUAGCCUCGGGAGGGGGCGUGUCAGGGGUGACUCGUGGUAGAGCUGACCUUGACCAUCAUGAAGGUCGUAUCAACCCAUCCCUGUGAAGAUUUGAUGAAUCUCAUAGAUGGAUAGUAAAGUUUGAUCAUCAUAAUUGAGAAUGAGAUCAUGUUCAAAUUUGUAAUGUACUUAUUGUGCAAUCGAAUGCCAUGAAACUUAGAUGCCAUAUUUAUUUGUACUUAACUAUAAACUGUCAAUAGGAUUAAAACAUUUGGUUACACCAGAAGGGAUAGAUACAUGUAUGAGUUAACAUUAUACCUAAUGCCUGUUAAAGAUUAUAUAGAUAAAUUAGUUAAAAUUAUGAAUAUUUAAAUAAUACAUGUCUGUAAUACUUAUUUUAUAGAACUUACAAUUAUGACAAGUCCAGCUCAAAGGAGAAUUGGAGAAUUUUUUUUGGGGGGGGGGGUUGAGGAAUGGAGAGGGAUUUUAUGAAGGGGGAGGUACAUUUUUAAGGUGGAGACAUCAGACAUAAAUUUUAUUGUCUAAAUGCAGGAAAAUGGGAUGAAUAUGUUAAAGAUCGUUUGACAAAAUUGCAUAGAAUAACAAGUGUGAUAGAACCGACUUCUUCCAGCAGUUUGCUCUUGUCAGGAUGCCUCCUGCUGGCAGGUUUUGCCACGUCCGUUUCCAAACUUUAGUCGCGGAUCCGUUUGGUAGAGAUAUACUGCCGCAGUCGACUCUUGCACAAGCCUCGAUCCUGCCAGUACCACCACCAGGCUAUGACUCUUUGCUGUCAGCUCUAUCAGCUCACCCGACCAUAUUCAUCUGGCUUACUCUCGAGACCCUAUGCGACUGGUUCCUGUAGAUUAAGAUCCUUCGAGCAUAUGUAUGGGCCCUCCUUCAGUCAAGCUCUCAGGACCACACCCACUGGCUCUGCUCUACUUGUAGUACCGUUGUCUGCUCCAGACCUCCGACCGUCUGCUUCAGACCAGCUUCAGACUCCGGCCCGUCUGCUCCGGACCACCAGCCGUCUGCAAUGUACCCCGUAUGCGCCGUAUUUCAACAGAUCAUCGACAAAGCCUCACGAGUUAACAAACCUAACGUACUUGCGCAUUUAUUAUACAAUUUUGUUACAGUUAAAUAAUUAUUGCACAAAGACUACAAAACAUAGAAAACUUUCAUUUUCCUAACACGUAUCAUAAAUCUGCAUGGAAUAUCGCCAGCUACGAUAAAAAUUAAAUUUGUGUUACAGUUGACCUCUGGUACAAUCUUAGAUCAGCAUUAACUUUGCUGUCCUAAAUCAGAUAUGUACAGCGCGUCCCAAAAAAAAUGUCCCUCUUAUAUGGGGCUAAAUUACUUC